AUGUCGAUCUCAGGACGCUAUACUCGCUACAUAGCGUUUGUCCUAGUGGGCCUGACAUUCUUCUACUUCUUCUCCCGAUCCUCUCUACAGAUUCCAACCCCCGCCGCAAUCUCCCGACCUCUAACCCACACCUCCUCUUCAUACGAAGAAUUCAAGGACCAUAAAUUCCAGACCAAUGGCACUCACAGCGCCGAGCGAGUAAAUGCCACAUUUGUGACCCUCGCCCGUAACAGCGACAUUUGGGAGAUCGCCAACUCCAUCCGCACGAUCGAGGACCGAUUUAAUCGAAACUAUAACUAUGAUUGGGUCUUCCUGAACGACAAGGAGUUUGACGAUGACUUCAAGAAGCUUACCACCGCACUCGUCUCCGGUACUACCCACUAUGGUCUGAUUCCCAAUGAACAUUGGUCCUACCCCGAGUGGAUCGACCAGGACAAGGCGAAGGAAGUGCGCGAGGAGAUGGGUCGCAAGAAGAUCAUCUACGGUGACUCCGAGAGCUAUCGCCAUAUGUGCCGUUAUGAAUCUGGUUUCUUCUUUCGUCACCCCCUUAUGAUGAACUAUGAGUAUUACUGGCGUGUUGAACCCAGCAUCCAGCUCUACUGUGAUCUUUCUCUGGAUCCCUUCCGUUAUAUGAAAGAGAACAACAAGAUGUACAGCUUUGUCAUCAGUUUGCUGGAGUACUACGAGACAAUUCCCACUUUGUGGGAUAGUGUGAAGGGAUUUGUGAAAAAGCACCCUGAGUACAUUCCCAGUGGCAACGCCAUGGACUUCAUCAGCGAUAACAAUGGUGAUACCUACAACAAGUGUCACUUCUGGUCAAAUUUCGAGAUUGGUAGCCUGGAGUGGUUGCGGUCCCCGGCGUACAUCGACUAUUUCUCCCAGUUAGAUCAGGAUGGUGGAUUCUUCUACGAGCGAUGGGGUGACGCACCGGUCCACUCUAUUGCCGCAUCGAUCCUGUUGAAGAAGGAGCAAAUCCACUUCUGGGAAGAGAUUGCCUACUACCACGUACCUUUCACACAUUGUCCGACUGAGGAGACGAAGAGGCUGGACCUCCGCUGCAACUGCAAGCCAGAGGAAAACUUUGACUGGAAAGGCUACUCCUGCACUAAUCACUGGUACGAGGUCAACAACCUGCAAAAGCCCAAGGGCUGGAAUGAUUAA